AUGCUCAACAUCGCAGCACAAUCCAUCACCAAGAAGGCUCCACAGCAAGCUGCCAGAAUACAACAAGCUACACGAACCAUCACCACUGAUUCCUUUGCUUUCUACCCCGUCCGCAAGACCCGAUAUGAUCAAAUUGUUCCCACUUCCAUGUUUCAAGCCAACACACAGGCAGCCUCCAAGAAGGCUCCACAACAGGUGGCAAGGAUACACAGCCCUACUGGUCCAGCUGAGAACCACUCCUUUGCUUUUUACCCUGUUGAAAAGAACCGUGUCCGCAAAGUCACUCCCAAGAUCAACCGCGACUGCUAUGGCUUCUAUCCAGCCAAUGUUGAGACAACGAAAGCAGCACAAACACUUCAAACAUCAGCUCCCAUGAAGAACGUCAAGGCUGUGCGUGCUGCUCUGAAACAAAAGAAACAAACCAGAACUUCCACGAAAACGAGUCGGCAUUCUGUCUUGCAUGAGAUCCGUGCCGUCAAGAAGACAACGACGGCUCUUCCUUAG